UUCUAUGUCACGAAUGUGAGUGGUGCUGAAAAAACGAGUAACGCAUAUUUUUGAGUUUUUAUCACUACAUUGAAAAAAAAUUAGUUCACGUUUAAUACAUGUUAAAAGUUAUAAAUUUUACAUUAUUAUUUGCGAAAAUUUUGAUUAGAAGACACGGAUUGGCCAGGGUAAAAUUGUUGAUUAAAUCGAGAAAAAGUGAAUAGUUUAUUUUCGUUCCGCUUCUUUUAUAACUUUGCUGACGGAACUCCGUCAUCAUCAUCAUUAACAGCAACAAGAGAAAAAGUGCAUGCAACGGAAAAGAAGUUGGGCGAUUCACUGCAGUGAACAUUUUCCCCAUAAAGGAAAUUCGAGUGGAAAAGUGAUAAGUGGAGUAUUCGCUUGCAUAAAUUAUUCGUUUCAUUUAAUUCAGCGGCACACAGAGCCUUUGUAGAUGAAUUAGAUAAUGUCGAAGAAUAAAAUAGCGAGUUCUAAACUCGAAAGUGACCACAUUGAAAUAAAGUCAAAGUUUGACGCCGAAUUCCGACGAUGGUCUUUGAAAAGAUCCGAACAUCACAGCUUUGAAGAGUUUCAAUCGCUAAUUGAACGCCUGCACAAAUUAGAUCGUUCUCAGCUAUUAGUGUCUUACAUUGACCCACGGGAUAACGAUUUGCUGCCUAUCAAUAAUGACGAUAAUUUUGGACGAGCCCUUACAACUGCUCGUCCGCUGUUGCGGGUCAUUAUCCAACGAAAAGGGGACAGUAUAGAGGAAAUCACCGGCUAUGGCACUAUGAGACCAAGAAACUUGAUCAGUAGCAUCCUCGGGCAGACUCCAGUAAAAUCCAAGAGCUUAGCUAUUUCCAAUCCUCAUGACUUUCGACAGGUCUCCGCCAUUAUUGAUGUUGACAUUGUGCCGGAGACUUGCAGACGGGUUCGAUUAUUGAAGCAUGGUAGUGAUAAACCUCUUGGGUUUUACAUCCGGGAUGGCACUUCGGUCCGUGUGACAGCAAAUGGCUUAGAGAAACAGCCGGGAAUAUUUAUCUCCCGUCUAGUUCCGGGCGGUUUGGCCGAAAGUACAGGACUACUGGCAGUAAAUGAUGAGGUACUGGAGGUGAAUGGCAUUGAGGUGAAUGGUAAAACUCUAGACCAGGUUACAGACAUGAUGGUGGCCAACAGUUCUAAUUUAAUUAUCACUGUAAAGCCUGCCAAUCAAAGAACGCUAGCCCCUCCGCGACGUGGAUCGUUCUCCCGUAAUAGUCAGCUUUCGGGCGGUUCUCAUCAAUCACAACAUACUACUGGAUCGGAAGAGAACGAUCAGGAUGAUCAAGACGAAAUUCGAGAUCUUACCGGUGCAGCUACUUUGGAGGAGAAUGUUCUUAUUACGCAAAAGGAUGGUGUGUUGCAUCUUUAGAACAGAACAGUUUGAUUUGUGUGUAGUAUGUGUGUGAGUUAGUGUGGACAACUAAGUUACAAGGUUCAUUAUGCAUUUCAGUAAAUAGCUCCCCAAAUCAAUGAGAGCAUGCUGGGGCGCUUUUCAUGAUGCACAAUCGAAAGAAGUUUUUGCCACACAGAUAAAAUAACGAGAUACAGAUACAGUGUCGUUUUAAGCUUAU